AAAGGGUUUUAUGUUUCUUGGAGUUUAAAGGGUGCGUGAAAUGUCAGUGUAUUGCGGCCGUUGGGGUGGGUUUUUGUUUUGUUUUCUGCUGGGUGGUAGUAGUGCUGGAAAGAAAGGUGAGGCGGUAAAUACGGUAAAUUAGGAAUGUUUGGCGCGGCUAUUAAGAGCCUUCUUCUUCCCCACUCAUUUACCAUAUUUAUUGCCUAUAAAAGGACCAAACAAAAGAUGCGAGAAAGUAUUCGGGUUCCCCAACGCUGUUCUUCAGGCGGCAUGCAAAAGGGUGCGAGGAGGGAAGAGGGGAAGAAUCAAGCAUGGCUAUUCUUUAUUUUUUUAUGAAUAAUUCUUACAUUUAUGUGUCACUUUUUCCUCACAGCAGCUCAGGCUAGGCUGAGAGAUAGUGAUUGACCCAGGGUAACCCAGUGAGCUUUAAUGGCUUUAACAGAGAUGUGAACCUGGGUCUUGCCACUCUUAACCACUACAGCACAUUGACUUUCACAGUAAUGGGGGGGGGGAUACCUAAUUCUCUUUCCCCCUCUUUCCAAGCCUUUCCCCACUAAAGCCUGAUUUUGUACAAUAAGUCUGAAGAAGACUUCUACGUAGCUCAAAACCACGCCACUGUUUUGCAGCAUUUUAGUUGACCCAAAUAAAGCACUGGGCAAUGAGCCCCUUGAGGGAGAGGAACUGAUUGGAUGGAAGAUAAAUCAGGCACAGACUGCUGUGUUCUUGUGCCUUGACUGUCUGAACUGCGGUGAUCCUGCCUUUGAGGGCCUGCCUGGCUGUUGAAGAUGUUUGCAAAACUAAAGAAGAAACUUGCGGAAGAGGCAGCUACUUCUCCACGGCCAGGAGGGGUUGCCAGAAUGCCCAGAUCGGUCAGCAAGGAGUCCAUCACAUCUGUAGGAGCAGAUUCUGGGGAUGACUUUCCCUCAGAUGGAAGCAGCUCCAGGGAGGACCUCUCGUCUCAGCUCUUCCGGAGGAAUGAACAAAUCCGGAAGCUGGAAGUCAAGCUGUCUGAUUACGCUGAACAGGUCCGAAACUUGCAGAAGAUUAAGGAGAAGCUUGAGAACGCAUUAGAGACCCAUCAGGAUUCCUUUGUGAAGAAGCUCCAAGAGCAGAAUGAGGCUCAUCAAGCCAGCACGGCCAAGAUGGCAGAAGGCACGGUCUUGGCUCUGGAGAAGAAGGACCAGGAAUGGAGGGAGAAGCUGUCGCACCUUGAAAAGGAGAAGAAGCUCCUUUCAGCACAGCUACAGGAGAUGAGAGAGAAGAGCUUGAACCUCUUCCAGAAAAGGGAUGAGAUUGAUGAGUUGGAGGGCUUCCAGCAGCAGGAGCUGGCUAAAGUCAAGCACAUGCUUUUGAAGAAGGAAGAGUCACUGGCCCAGAUGGAGCAGGAAUUGGGAUCCUCCACACAAGAGCUGCAGCGCACCCGAGAGGAGCUGCAGACCUUUCGCACUUUGUCCUCCCGCCAGGCAACAGAGUUACAGCAACUACGACAGCAGCAUGCAAAGCUGGAAGCAGAGAGGGAUGAGCUCAUUGAUGCAGAGGAGAGUGCAGAAAGCAAGAUCACGACCUUAGAGCAGCGGAGCCAGGAGCUCCAAGCGUACAUUCAGCAACUGUCAGUAGAUCUACAAAAUGCUCAAGUAUCUGCCGCCAGUUGUGAAAAGAGAUUGGAAGCACUGCAGCGAGAACACAACUCUCUGAAACAGGAGUAUGAACAGCAUAAGCAAAAGAUGAUUAUUGAGGUGGAGGAGAAAAGCCAACUUGUGGGCCACUUGCAGGAGAAAGUGACCAUCCUGGAGAAGCGCUUUGAAGGGAAUCUCUCUGGUGACGAGCAUGUCCAGGAGCUGCUCAGGGAGAAAAGUGCUCUGGAACAGAGACUGGAGGAGGCCAGGCAGCAGCUUUCAGCUGCACGGACAAGCCAUGCAGAGAGUUUAAGUCUUCUGGAGACUCAGAUUGACAAACUGAACUGCCAGUUGGCUGAAAGACAGGUGUGCCUAAGCAUAAGAGAGGAGCUUGUGUGGAGCCUUCAGGAAAGUAGUUCACCACAGGUGAAAGAUCUAGAACAUGCACUACAGAUUUCUAAUGAGACAGCAGCAAAAAGUAAAGAAGAGAUGGAAGAGAAAGAGCUGCAGAUCCAAAAACUGCAGCGAACAGAUCUGCAGCUGGAGAGAAUCCAAGGGCAGGAAGGCCUCUCCACUGUGCAGCACCAGGGCACAGAGCAAGUUGGGAGGCUGCAGGAGCAGAUGGCAACCUUGGAAGCUGCCCAGGAGACAGAAAGGAUGGCUGCGCAUCAGACGAUGAGCCAACUGGAAAAAGAAAACGAAGAAUUGAAAGGCAGAUGCAAAGACUUGGAAAGCUCCUUAAGGAAGCAAGAAUCUGAAUUGGAAAGGCUAAAGGCAGAAUUGAGCAGAAGCGCUGAAACCACCCAAGCCCUGGAGGAGACGCGAGGGCAAAGGGAGCAUCAACUGCAGCAGGAGCUUGUGGAUCUGACUGUGCUGUUGAAUGAGAAGGACCUGCUUAUUGCAGAGAAAGCAGAGGCACUUCUGAAAGCAGAGGAAGAGCUGAAGCACUUAAGGCAAGACUACGAUGCACUUCUGCUGCAGAUGGACCAGUUGCAGUCCAGCCUUGAGUUGUGCCAGCACCAGGCCAUGGAGACAGAAGCUGCGGCAGAGAAACGGAUGAGUGCUUUGCAAGAGCAGCUACAGUACCAGCAGGAGCGCCUCUUAGCCAGCGAGAAGCAAGCUGCUACUUUAGAACUGACUUCUGCAGCCCUGAAAAAGCAUCUGUGUCCCUCUGAAGAUGGGGAAACAGAGCCAAACGGGGAGGUGGCUGCCACUGAUAUUGUCCAGCUCCAGAAGGAAAACAGAGACAUGGAACAGCAAAUCGCAGAGAAGAACAAGACAAUAAAGCAGCUGCAGCAGAGGAUGGCAGAGCUGAAGAAAACCUUGCAGAAAGAAUUGAAAAUGCGACCCGAUGGUGAGGUCCCUGAAGUCCCCACUGCUGCCUUGACUGUAACAAACAACUCCGAUCUGAAUGACUCCCGAGAGAUAAACUUUGAGUACCUUAAGCAUGUGGUGCUAAAAUUUAUGUCCUGCCGGGAAUCAGAGGCAUUCCACCUGAUAAAAGCCAUGUCUGUGUUGCUAAACUUCUCUCAAGAGGAAGAAAACAUGCUCAAGGAAACCUUGGAGUAUAAGAUGUCGUGGUUUGGGUCAAAACCAUCUCCCAGGGGCAGCAUCCGACCCUCCAUCUCAAGUCCAAGGACUCCGUGGUCGUGAGUGCCCCUCCCUGACCCAAGGAUGUGCUGCCUGCCUCCAGCUGCUUUUUUUUCUAUGAAAAGGAUGCUGCACCCACCAGCUGAGGUGGUGGUGUCUUUAUUGCUGUCACCACAGUAUUUUUGUACAAGAACUUUGAAAAAUUGUUUACAAAGCUGUACUGUAAAAGGAGUGUCCUUUGCUGCAGCCUGACACCCCCUCUCCCUAUUCCAUCAUUUAGUGAUAACAAAUGGCCCUAGCUUCUGAGGCCUUGUGGAACCCAAGCGGUUGUGUUUCUGGUGGCAGGAAUUAGCAGCAUGGGGCAGCUUCUGUCACAAACAGAAAUCCGAGUGUCGUAUGUCGAGGAACAAGUGCAUGUGUCUGUGUUGCACUUACAUCAUUCCAGAAAGUGUAGAAAACCUUGCUGGGGUGGGGUGGGGAUGGGGAGCAAUUCUGCUCUCAGACUGAUAACAUCUCCCUUUCUUCUCAGAACUGCUUCACCAAGGCUGACUGAAACUGCUGGUGCAUUCACAAACAGCCCCAUCUGCUUCAGCCCAGGGCCAGCUUUAUUUUUCUUAAAAGAAAAAUGAUUAAGUGGUCUUCACAAAGCUUUCAUGUACUUGCCUUACCUUUCUAGACGAACAUAGCAGGUUGCAGAGCAGAAGGAGGGUGGCGGCCUCUCAUUUUUAAAGUAAAAACAGUAAGGUGACGAGGUUGCUUUGAGAGAACAUUUUCUGUUUCACCUCUAGCUGAAUUUGCUUGCAGGGAAGGGGGCGGCGGAGAGCUGCAGGUGCAUCAGCCUCUGACAUCAUAUCCUAGCUCCAUUUCAGCAGCAACACUAGCAAUCCAUGUUGCUUCUUUUAACAGAUGGGGAGCUCCUCACAUAAUCACAGUUAAUUUUUUUUACACUAUUUGAAGGUAGCAGUCAGUUUGGCUCAUUAGAAAGAAGAAACGAAGUACAUGACCUUGCUUAAGAAUUCUUUUUUUCUUUAGUUAUUAAACCAAACAAAAAAGCCCUCCACACCCACCCACCCCUAUAUUUUUUAUUAACCAGUCUAUGUAAAGAUACUGUCUAUUCUGUACAGAACAUCAACCAUGUUAAGAGAGCAGUUUUAAUAUUUUGCAGUUUUAAUAUUGCCACUGCAUAUUGCUAAGCUACAGUAUAUUUUUGUUUACAAAGUGCUUAUUAAGAAGAAAAAAUCAGCCAUGGUGGAGUUGGUUUUUCUUAGCAAGAGCACAGCGUAAAAUUUCUACUGGUUGAUACUUUAUUGUAUUUUCCCAGAGUCACCUUUUUUUAAGGUAUUGUAAGGAAACCCUCUUGGGCAGGACUCUAUAGUAGCCUUAGUGUUGAAUUCUUUUAAGGUAUCAGAGCAGGAAUGAGGUGUGUAUAUUCAUUCAACGGUAGCAACCAAUGCACUUUUUCUCCUUGUACAAAGAAAACACAAACCACCUUUGGAGUGUAUGUAGAAAAAAGCUUUUAUGGACACUUGGGAAGUCCAUUCAUUCUGUGUACAUAUGGACUGUAUUAUGUAAUGGCUUGUAGAGUCCUAAUUGUGGUGCAAUACAUUUUUAAUUAAAACUUGAGGCAACUUAAUUAUCUUCGUGCUUCAUGGUAUAUACUUAACGUAGCAUUGGAGGUUCCAAGCCUUGCCUAGGGUUGCUUAAUGGAAAAGUUUUUCACUGGGCAUGUGGAAUUAGUUCUCUCUUCUCUUUUUAAACAUAGAAGAGGCAGGCUUUGUCUUCCUGACAAUGUGAACAGUCCUCCUGCCAUCUGUCUCCCCAUUCAGGGUUAAAAACCCCACAUCACCUUUCCUGCCAGGUGCCUAUUUCAACUGCACUGCUUUACUUAUUAUCCCUACAGUCCACUUGCAAGUCUAUUGUGCAGGUUCCUGAAAAGAAUGGACUCCAUUCUCAGCUUCACAGUCGAAGCAGCACUUCACCUUCUCAAUUUCAAAUUAAGAAGGUACUAUACAGUACUGUGUUUUCUCUGGGCUGUAAUACUUUACAAUACAGUAACAGGGCAACCUUAAAGCAGGAUUAUAAAACCAAGCUGUCUUGCUUUUAACCAACCUCUAAUGGCGCCACACUACCCUGCAAGAACAAAGGGUCCUACUUUGUGGGCUUCCUAAAGGCAUCUUAGCAGCUGCUAUUAUGGAAACUAGGCUUUGAUCUGCUCUAGGAAGACUUGUACAGUGUGUUAUUUUGACAAAAGACUCCUCUGUCUACCACUAUCUUUGGGGGGGGGGAGAUGGGCAACUAGUUAGCAGCUUGAGAUUAGUGUCUGAAUGUGGAAAAUCUGGAUUCUUUUAUAUAUAUAUAUAUAUAUAUAUAUAUAUAUAUAUAUAUAUAUAUAUAUAUAUAGCAGACUACUGCUGCCUUGCACCUUAUCAAUAUCAAUUUCAGCUUCCUCAAACCCAAAUGGUGCAUGACUGAAAUACAAAAGCUAAGCUUCCUAGGCAAGAAUGUAUGGAGAACUAAGUAACAUCCAUGGGAAAAAAUGAAAGCUCUACCACACAGUAGCAGUAGGUUAUUUUUUUAAAAAAACAACAACAACCUGGCAGAGAGAAUGUGUGUGGGUGUGCAUAAUGUAUAUGUUUGGAUGUAUAGGCAGAAAAGAGUACAGCCCACUCCCAUUAAAAUCCAUUGCUAAUUAUUCUCACCAUCCAAGAACUUUAUUUUGAAAGAGCAGCAGGCACUUUACAUGAAACCAACUUCAUACUUAGCCCACCAAGUCUCAACUAUGUACAAAAAGCUCUCUUGCAUAAUAAAACCCUUUUCCAACCCCCAAAA